AUGUCUACUUUUGCAGCUCUGAAUAUAGAGGCAGAUGAGACCCCAGAGGAGGAAAUCGAUGACACACGCGAGAUUCAAAUAGAAGAAGCCCUUAAGCUAUACCAAACUGCGCUCAAACUUCAUUCUCAAGGGCCAAAGCAUUACAAAGAAGCCGCAGAAGCGUAUGACGCGCUCUUCAAGUCGGAGAUAUUCAAGUUUCCGCAAUACGCAGACCUGGGAGCCGCCAUAUCAGAAGACGAAUAUAUAGAAGAAGUUGACGGGCCAUCUGCUGUGUCAAUUGCUGCCGCGGAUGAAGCAGAAACCGCUGCUAGUGCUCUACCACAAACAUUAUAUUUGUCAUAUAAAAACUAUGGCCAGUUCUUGCUCGACACGGUUAGAUAUGCCUGGGAGCAAGGCGGAGACUUGGCUGAUACGGCGUCUUCUACUGAAUCAGCUAUCAGACACUUUGCGGAUGCACUGGAGCGCGAUGAUUCUGACCUUGAGCUCUGGAGGAAGUGUGCUAGGGUUGGAGAUGCCUUGAGAAGCCACCGGAUCUUGAGAUUCUGCCUGGAGAGUGUCUUUGAAGGGAACGGGGACGGUAUAGAUGAUGGCUUUGAGCAACUGGGAAUCGAGCAAGCUGGGGCUGUAGGCGACUUACGGAAAUUCUUUACUGCUCUCCACGACCCGGUCUCGCUCGCACAGCUUCCGCAUAAACAGCCGAGGCGAGCUCUGCUUAAUUUUUUGCAGAGACAGAUAGAUCCAUUCCCAUAUCUCCCUUCUGCUUUAAAGCAGUUGAAUGGUGGCUCUAUUUCCUGUAGACUGGGCCUUCCAGCUACAAAACAUCAUACCAUCACCCCGACCACCAACAGCUGGGCAGCACUAGGUGAAAAGAUCCUCGAGCUGCUGAGCGGAGAUGGCCUAGGCCAGGACACUGUCGGGGUGCAGGGGACCAUGAAAAUUUGCCUGCCAGAUUCAGAUGUCGCGAUGACCUCACCUGCGGCAACUCUUCCAAUUAUACAAGGCCGUAGGUCGUCUAAGCAUAGGAACUCCAUAAUAGCAGAUUCGGGUGAUCCCGAAGAAAACACGGCGAAUGAGUCUAUGCCAACGGCUGACGAAAACACCGACCCUAAAGAGGAUGAAAAAGCCGAUGGAAAGACUGACGGUGACACCAAUAAAGAACAAGAAGACGAGAAGACGGUCGACAAGGACAGAGAAGAGACGGAGAAACCGAAUGAACUAGUCGAUGAGACGGAAGCGAGGCCGGGCCCCCAAACAAGGAAACGGUCUUCGGCUUCAAUAGUCAAUGAGGAACCGACAGACGGAGGGAGAACAAAGAGCAAGCGUAUACGAGCGCGAGAGUCAAUUGCCGAUACACAAGCGCAGCCAGAGGAGGUUAUCUUUGACCAAACAAGAUAUUUUGAAGACCGGCUCGAGAUCUACACUCAUGCUGAUGAGUGGAUGUUCAGCACUGCCAACAGCCUGUUUUCAAAGUUUGGUGUUGAGGAACUCGGGAGUGUCGACCAAAUAAAGCAGAUGCUCGCUCCUACUGGCUCCGGCCAAAAUACUACGGAAAGCUCACCCGAAUCUCUGGCUGUACAUGACUUGAGGCACAUAAUUGAGAACUGGAAUGAUGGACUUAGUAAAGUGGCACUACACAGCGAUAUAUUUGCGGACACCCAGGAUGGGUUAAAAGGCGUGAAGAAGUCCGGCCUUAGUGUCUUCCUUGAGCAUUCCAAACAAGUUGGCGCAAAGGCGGAACGGGAAGGGGAUCUGGUCGAUGACCAAGGUUUGGAGCAAUUUGCAAAUAAUAUUAACGCUAGCAACCUAACCAUGCAAGAGGUGGCUUUCAAGUGGCUUGAAAAGUACCUUAAGCCGGACCUACAGUCUCUUGGGCAUGAUAUAUCUACUGUGACGGACUCUAUUUAUGCAACUCAGCAGAUGUGCCAAAGUGCACGAGAUACCCUUACUCAAAUACUACUUCGAUUAGAUGGAUUUGUCUAUAGCAGACUGAGGGAAUUUGCUCUAAACCUUGAGAGAAAGAUCCUCUCGAGUGCCCAUGAAACGCCUUAUUCAUUCACACCAGAUGAUCUUAUUGCCGUGGAGAUGUCACAGAGCAUCUAUGAAUUGCAUCUGGACAUAUAUGACUCGAUUGUCUGCCAAAACGAGAAGAACCAGGAUGCCGCCAUCCUUCAGCAAGAUAGGCUAAGCCGAUGGAGGUCACUCACACACGGCUACAUUAGCUACUACCUCGAUCUUUGUAUCGUGGACCAUCGACAAACUGCGAUGGUAUUACGACAUCUAUGGGCCACCACUUUCCACGAAAAUAUGUUAGAUGAUCAAAAGGGAGACUAUGUUUUACUCUGCCUCGGUGAUAUUCGACGUGCUUUAGUGUCAUUAGGAGACCCGGUUAUAACCUUGGUGAAUAAUAACACAAUGCCAGAAAUUUCAACCGCCGCAAUUGACCAAGAGGUAUCUCGUCUUCGGGCGAUGAGUUUCUUUACCGACAUUUUUGGCUCCGGAAAUGAUGACCUGGUACAUCUGAUUGAAACCAUCGAGCCUGUUUUAGACCCGUCUGCGGUACGGUAUACGGAUGAAAAUGGUAAUAUAUCUGAAGAGGCUAAGCCGUCAACAACGACCCAGAACUUGAUCGACUUCCUGAAUCAGGGUGAUGCGACUCUUAAAUUGUUUUUGUGGCGCCGUCUUCGCGAAGCCUAUGACUCCAUUGACUAUCCAACAAAGGUCGUCUCCUGCCAUCUUCGAAGUCUAGAAGCAGUUGUUCAGGAACUGAACCGCCCUGCACGCACCCAACUUCCAGUCAAUGAACGGCGGUCUAGCCUGCUUAAAUGGCUAAAAUUGUCAGAUGAUAUACUUACCAGUGUGAUGAGAAGAGUGGUUAACAAACCAGAAGUUUCUUUUGAAUGUUUCGACUGGAACCAUCUCCAGAUUUCUAUGUCCUCUCUCGCCCGUCUAUCUAGAAUUCUCCAGUCUUUUGCCCUUUACGAGGAUGGGGUUCGUGUUGGCCAGAUUACACCUGCCGAUAUUCGCCCUGCAUCAACUGCGAAGUCCCUAGAGCAAGAGGGUAUUAAUCAGAAUAAUGAAUUGUUUGAUACCCCUUUGGAUGACCGCAUACACUUCUUACGCUCGAUUCACAAUGCACUUGGACUCCGUUCAUAUUGCAAAUACCCGAAAAACCUGUUCGUUAAACUCAUGAGAGAUGAACUUUUGACGCUUAAAACCGACGACGUUUACGAAGAUGAUCUUGCGCAAGUACUAUACGACCUAUACAAGUUCAAGUUUUCACCGCAUUUGGAUGUUUCGUUUGAUCAUGGCUGCCCAUAUGAGACUCUUGAUCAGGAAAUAGCUCUAAAAUUAGUUGAUUUUACUCUUACCCAAACGAAACGAAUAGAUAUCAAAGAUUACCUGAAAUCUGAUUUGAAAACGACAGUUGAUGCGCUGCAAAGACAAAUAGGACUGAUGGGCAAGUCAGAGCUAGCCACCCCUCUCAACAAGAGAAUUUUAUCAAAGUUUUUGAAAACUCCAAUAAAUCCCCUAGAGCUUUUCCGCUCUGUGCAAGGAGUCAGUGGACUAUCUAUGAUUCCGGUUUAUUCAAAGAGUUCUGAUCUUGCCGACAAAGGCUGGUUUACCUUCCUCGGAUCAGCAGCUCUCGCCAAAUUUCGAGCUCAAAAGAAGGUUGGUCCUACCCCGACUGAGGAUUUGGACCUUGCUGCUACACUCUUCCGUCAUGACUUGGAACACGGAAAGGAUCGAUGGGAAUCAUGGUAUCAGCUUGCCCAAGUUUAUGAUCUACGGCUUGAGGAAGAAAUCGCUUGGUCUGCGGAAAAAAUUAACAACGACCGGGAGGAUCUUGCAACUGUGGAGCGAAGGGCCAUCCACGCAUAUUCUAUGGCUGUUGCAACCGCAGUCCAAACAGCUGACUUGAAACCUGACGAAAAGAAGCAGAUAUCCGACUUAUAUACAGAGUUUGGUCUUCGAGUCUAUGCAUCCACCAGAGAUCCGCUGUCCAUGGGUGCCUUUGAUGUAACUGCAUUCAUGAGACACUUUAGCAGCGGCGCAGAUCAGAGAAUGUAUGAAGGGAAGCCGUUUAGUGCCAUGAAACCAUUCUCUGCUUGGUACUUUGCUAGUUAUCUCUUCCACAGAGCAAUGAAGGACCGCCCAAUGAAUUGGAGAAACCAUUAUAUGUUCAGCAAAUGCCUGUGGAAGAUGUACUGCAGUAAUGAUCCACUAAAGGAGCGAUAUAAGCCGAUCGAACCUGCAGACAUUUUGGAUUCAUUGACGGAUGCUAUUGAUGUUCUUCCCAAGAAGAAAGACGGCCGAUCGUCUGAGCCGAUAUUAGAACCACACUUUAAACUUGUUUCACUCACCCACAAGCUUGUCCGGCGAGGUGAUCUAGAGCCAAAGGAUGCCAGUGAGAAGCUACUUGCCACUCCAUGGGCCCGAGGGCUAUCACUAGCAACAGAUAUGGAAUCCUGGAAACCAUUCAUUUUAGGCGUACUAAAGCAAUUGCAGAAUGCUGAUAAGUCUAAUUGGCAUCACCGUAUUGUUGCAAGGGCUGCCCAUAUUAUCUAUGACGACUCAAAGGAUAGAGAAGCUGCAAUUGCAGCGAAGAAUGAUCUUACCCAGCAUAUUUUCACCAAGACCAUGACUGUACAGGUCUGGCGACCGGAAAAUGAAAGAGCUGGACGACAUUUCGUCUAUACUACUCGAUAUGUUUACUUUUUUGUGCAGUUAUUGGAUCAACUUGAUGACCGUGCGAACCUAGAUAUGUUAGUCCGUCGUGUGAGGCGAAAGGUUAACGAUUAUUUGAACUUCCCUAAGCUCUGGGAAGAUACGUGCGCCACAUAUAUCAAGUUACUCCGCCGUGCAGGCAACAUACCGGAAGGGAAAGAAGAUACUAUUUUCAAAGGGGUCAGCCUCGAUGACUUUACCCUUUACUCCGGCCGUCUAGAUACUUGGUGCCAAAACCCAGCCAAGGAAGAUAUUCCCACAAUUGAAUUGCUGCGGGAUGCAGUGGAGCUGAAAAAAUUGAAUGGAACAAUUAUAAAGUCUGGCAUGUUUGAUGACCUCGUUGCCGAUAUAUAUGCCCAGUUAUAUGAAAAGACAUUACCACAGUUUGUCGAGCAAGUUGCUGGGGAGGAGAAUCGAGAGCGAAUGAAGGUAGAUCAUUUGCUUAUGCCAGGUGAAUCAGCCGAUGGAACUGAAACACCGCCAGCUUUGACUUCUGUUCAGGCACCAGCACCUAGGCUUCGUGCCAAAGGGGUAACACGGAAAGAGGUGCAGAAAAAAUCCGACGCCAUUGCCGCAAAAGCGCCACGUCCUGCCCCCAAACCUGCAAAACCUGCUGAAGACGAGGCCAAACAAGCACAGACAGAGCAGCAAUCUACUGAUCAGCAAACAGGCAAUGAUACUGCAGCUGAUCCAGCUCAGGUUGAUAACAAGGAGGAUAAAGAUAAAGACAAUAAUGAGGAAGACAAGGAUAGGAAGGACGAAGAAGAGAAAGAGGAGAAUAACGAGGAAGAGGAAAAGGAAGGGGAUGAUAAUGAAGAAAGAGAAGACAACAACGAGGAGGAGGAAAAGGAUGGUGAUAAUUGUGAGGAUAAGGAAGCAUCUGUCCCAGACCAUAGUGUACACGACACUACGGAAAUCGAGAGCGGGCUCAGCGAUAUCGAAACGGAAACGGCCUCGGGAGAUGCUAUGAAACCUUCAAGUCCAAUGUUCCAGAAUCUCCUCAGGGCUCGCAUGUCAUCACCAAAGGCAGGAUCUGAAUUAUCGACCGUCGUCAGCGCUGAUGGCGGUGAUAACGACUCGAUUCCUACUCCUUCCGUACAGGACACUAAAAUGGAGAUAGAUGCGGAGACUGUAGAGGCAGCAGAGGGAUCGGACACGGAGGAACAACAGGAAGACUGA